AUACUACACUUGGGGAUUGGGACCUAUGAUUUCUAAUGAAAAUAGUUUUAUUGUUAACAAAAUCAUUUAUGUGAAUAUAAUGCAGUUAAUUCACCCAUUCAGAGUUCAACAGAAUAUCAACACAAUGUGAAAUAUCCCAGUGUAACCACCCUCCUUGAAUCAUGAGCAACUGGACGGGGAUGGAGGGGUCGGAGCGGCCGAUGGCGGCGGGCUGGAAUGGCACGGCGCUCGGCGGCGACCUGGCCGACAUCACCAUCGACCGCAACUUUGUGCUGAUGGUGACGGCGCUGUCCGCCGCCGUGCUCUGGGUGCUCUACAUCACGUACUACAACAGCCGCCUGCUCGGUUUCCUCCUCACACGCCUCGUCAACAAGUUCUACUUCCAGGAUGAUAAUUUCAAGAUAGGUUCCAUAACGCUUCAUGCCCUGUCUGGAAAGAUUAUGUUCCGUGAUAUUGUCUACAUCAAUUAUGACUACACACUACGCAUUCAGGAUGGUUAUCUAAUAUUUAGAUGGUGGCGUUCCUAUGUCCCUAAAGAUGUAUCUGAAGAUCUAUCCCAUUCCGACACACGGCUGUCAAUCGUGUUGAAUGGGUUCGAGCUGCACUUUUACAACCGGUGCGAGCUGUACAGCGAACUAGAGAAGACAUUUGGGCUGGAGCCAGUGAUGAAGCAGGCGACCGACGAGGAGGGAGCGGACCGCGACAAGGCCAUGAAUGACGCCAACGAGAAGCGGCGCCGCGCCGCCGAGGCUGUGCGCUCCGAGGCCGCCAUGGCGCGCACGUGGCGCGACCUUAUCCCCGUCAUCAAAUGCGACGUGUGCUCAGCACGCGUCGUGUUCGGCAACCGGCUCGUGCCUACCACGCUGUCCGUCGCCGUAGAGGAGGCGCACCUGCUGUACAGUACUAAGCCGCCCGCAUCCAGCCUCGACCACCUCAUGCAUUUCGUCAAGGUAAAAGCGGACAACUGCAAGGUGAUGCUCGCGCCGAGCCCCAACUACACGGCGAUGGUGGACGAGCCGCCGCGUUACAUGGGCGAGGGCUUCGUGGUCAUGAGCUCCAACUACAUGGAGGUGUACUUCUACAUGGACGAGCCGGGGCUGGUGCCCGAGCGACCCGUGCUGCUACAGCUGGCCAACGGUGACGUGGUAGAGUCCGCGCCGCCCAUCUGGGGCGUCGACAUCAAAUGUGGCAAAGGCACCGACUUCAGUUACGGGCCUUGGGCCGACCGCCAGAGGGAUCAUCUCUUCAGAUUCUUUUUUCCGCCUAAUUACAAAAACUUAGAAGUGACUCCCCAACCGAAGCCUGGUGAUCGCCGGCAGAUGCAGUCUUUCGAUAUCAGAUUGUCUACACUAAAUGAAGCAACAAUUGAUAUUUUGUUUACGAAAAACAAAGAAACGAACGCCGUUCAUAUAAACAUCGGAGCGGGAUCCUACUUAGAAGUCACACUGCCUUGGAUAGUAUUGCAAGACGGGUAUACGACAAAAAUUACAGGGCAGUUGUUACAUCUAGAGGCCACUACAAGCUUGCAAUAUAGAAGUUUGGCAGAAAGUGAAACUUUGGAAUACACAGUAAAGUGCCAUUACCCACUAGUCUGGAACCACCACCAGUGCUGGCAACUGUCCCUGACGGGGUGCAAAGCGACCACGCAUCUCGUCUACACUCACGUCGAUUUUUUCCAAGAUCUAGUUAACGAUUGGGCGAGUAAAUCACGACCAGAUAUUCUACAUUUUGUCCCAUACACGUGGAAAAUAUCAUUGCUUCUGAAAGAGUGUGAAGUGGUCACAGUCAGCAAUCAAUAUAAUUGGAUAGACUGCAGUUCAACUAACCAAGAAAACAACCACGUCGCAUUCUGUGGUGAUUUACUCGACGUUUCAUUUGAUUUGCCGUUCAUAGAUUUCUUGCCUGAUAUAAUUCCUUUGAAAAUCUGGAUUCAAGGCGAAGCCGUCGAUAUGAGUCUCUACUUACCCGAAGUGAACACAUCGAGGUUACUUCUAUUAUCGAUCGACAAAAAUAUGAAACUCGUCUCCAAUCGAACGAAAGCCUCUAAAUGGCGCAGAAAAUGUGUCAAAUCACAAGGCUGGGUGGACUGCUGGUCCGUUCCCAUAGUGGCACUGAGCGUUCGGUACAAUUACCACCCCAUACCACCCCUGGGACCCGAGCCACAGGCGGACAUCACGACCCCGGAGAAGGAGGAGAUCCUGCUGUCCCCGAUGAGAAUACCUAGAAUGAGAAAACAACCCCAGAUGAACUGGGCGGGAGACGGAAACAAAUUUGAUAGAACCGCUCUCGCGCCCGACAAGGUGAGCGUCGAACUCGAAGUUGGACCUUCGAUGCUCCUCGCGUACGGAACAAUCAUAACGAGUUUCAUGAACCUGCUCGAGAACAUAUUCGGAGAGGACCAGACGUUUACGGACAUGGCGAAAACACCUAACCUAGACGCAUACUUCUGGGUCGGACCUGCAGUCGGCAGCAAGGUCGGCGAGGCGGGCGGAGCGGGGCCCGGCGCGGGCGAAGCGGCGCUGGACGAGGCGGCGGCCGGCGCGCUGGACCCGCGCCGCUGUCGCCCGCUUGACGUGCACGUGUCCAUCACCAUCCACGACAUCCAGGCGCACCUGGUCAAGAACUGCAGCGAGAACGAACCGCCCUGCCCCGUCGUGCUCAUCGAGCGGUUCGGCUUCGAGAUGGACAAAAGCUUCCGCGAGACCAAACUUCAGCUCCUCCUAAGUCCUUCGAUUCUGGUCUCCUCCAACAAUUUGUCGCGGACGAAUCCGAACAAUUCAGGCGUUCUCUAUCAAGGUCACCUAAUGUUGUCGUCCUUUCAACUGCGAGGGCACGGUUUCUUCAGUGACGCGAACCGCGCCGCCGACGAGGACACCAUAGAGUAUGCGUGGAUGAUGGAGCUGCAGCUGGGACAGUUGACGGGGCGCCUGACGCUGCCACAGCUGUACCAGGUGGUGUCUUCGCUUGAGACUCUCCUGCUUUUAAUCUGUGACAGUGAAAACGAAUUAACUCCUCCGAAUCCUACCAAACAGUGUCACCACGGUCUAAACGAUGUUCAGUGUCCCGAGACCGACCUUGCUCUAAAAUAUCGAUGUCCGACCCCUAAUGAAAUCAAGUAUCGGAUGGUCCGCGUGGCAAUUGACCUGAUCGACCUGUACGUGGCGGACAGCAACACAACGCUUCAGACUUGCGUGACGCCAGUGCGGCUCAGCUUCUGCAACCUGCACGGGCCCGGCGUCGCCACCGGCAUCACUGGCUUGCUGCCCAGCAUCAAACUGGUACUCUACACGCAGACCAAUAUGCAGACCGGAGUUCAUCACCACUCAAACAGCAGCAACAGCAGUCAGAGCAAGGUCGUCGACAAUGACAACUGGGUCGGCGUCGGCUCCGUGUCGCUCGGUCCCGUCCUCAUCGAAGCUGCGGACGUGCUGCCGCAAAGCCCGAAGAAUCUCCACCUCGUGCAACAAAAGUUCCUGAAACUGCACGACGAGAAGACGAAAAGGCUGUGGUUCAUGUGGCCCACCGAAGGGAAGGGCACGCAGUGCGGCUGCCUCGGCGGUUGCGCGUUCUUCGGUUCGAACAGAAACGGUCCCAGCUUUCUGAAGCCGAGCGCGAGCGACCUCGCUGAGGGCGUGAACGUCGCCGCCUUCAACGUGAUCGAGACAGGCGGCGAGUACGGCUACGGGCAGAGCCUGUUGCUGCCGGGCCAGCUCGUGUUCCAUACGCCGCCAUACGGACGCCACGUGCGGCUGCAGGCUCCGCGGCCUGAGCGCCCCGAGCGGCCCGAGCGCCCCGAGACGCGUGGCCGGGCCUCCGCCCCCGUCGGGCAGCCGGCGCGCCGCGCCUCCUACACCAGCCUGGGCAAGCCGGCGGCGCCGCCUGCGUCCGCCUCCUCCGCGCGCUGCGACGUGCCGUACGCGCGCCUCGUCGACUCCGCCCCGCGCUCCAGCGGCAAGAUCGACAGCGACUCGAAGUUGAACAAGGCGGUGCUCAACGUACCGCAGCUCGAAAGCAGCGUAUCCGACUCCAAACUAGCACUGAGCUGCGCGGCCAAGGACAACGCCUCUCGCAAAGCCGGCGCGGACGGUGACGUGUUCGUGGUGCCUCGUGCGGCGGCUCGCAGCGUGGGCGUGUCGGAGUCGCACUACUCGCUGGACUCGCAGGUGCCACCCGAGGACGGCCUGCCGCCGGAGGUGCGCCGAACCAUGUCAAUCACCAGCGAGAACCACUCCGAAGCCUUCUUCUCGGCCGACGAGGAUAUGUUCCCGAGUCGCUCGUCGAGUCUCAAGCACUCUUACGGCAGCCGACACAGCAACCCGAGGGACAAAAGCUCCCUAGGCAUCAACGACGUAGCGACCGAAAAGUGGAGCAACUCGAUGCCGCGGUCGGAGCCGAUCGAGGUUCCCGACACGAUAAGUAACUUGAGCGCCGGGGCGCAGCCGGACUCCGAGAGCGGGUCGGUGUCAUCGACGUCGUUCAUAUCGGCGAUAUCGUCCCAGGAGGACAUGACUCUCGUGAACUUACACAUGCAGACAAACAAGCCGAUAGUAGAUUCUCCUCUUCUCAUGGCCAGCUACAUGCACAACUUACCGCAGUAUCGAUGCAGCAACUGGGCGGCGUGCUCGCUGCCGAGCGGUACCGACGCCUUCACGCUGCCGUUGUUUAGGCGCGCCGACGACGGAACCCUCGUCUACGUAGGCCAGAGAUAUGUACCACAUUUUGAACCUCUCGGUAAAAUCAACAUGCUGAAACUGAUACCGAAGAAGGACGGGCACGGUUGUCCGAACCAGCACGGCGCGCAUUCGUCGUCGACUUCGCACUUCAACUCUCAGAUCCGCGCGCACCCGUUCCCCGCGGGCUGGUGGGACGUGCAGCAGGCGGCGCAGGAGAGCCAGGAGGCGGCGGAGGCGCCGCCCAGCACCAGCGUGGACCAGCGCGCCGGGCUCGUCGUGAAGCUGCGGGGCGACGUGGAGGCGCUACUCACGCCGCUCGUACUCGAGAGUGCGCAGCGGUUCGUGGAGUCGCUCACACCUGUGCUGGCGGCCGUGCACCCGGUGACGGUGGUGACGCACUUGCGGCUGCUGUGUAUCUCGGCCGUGCAGGGAGCCAACGUGCUGAAGCAGAAGAGACACGUGCCCAACUGGCUGCCGGCGAUGCAGGCCCGCGAGCGGGCCGCGGCGCCGCCGGGCCGCGACGAGCGCUGCGAGCUGGCCACCAUCCCGCCCUCCAACGUGUACGAGGAGACGGUCAGCGAGCGGCUGCAGGCCACGGUGGCCGUGCCGCGCGUCAGCGUCGUGUUCCUGCAGUCGUCCGUCGUCGAGGAUAUGAUCUCGUUUUCGGCGCUGGACAACAUCCAGGACUUGACGUGCGUGUCGCUGUUCGGCGUGGCGGUGGAGAACGUGGUGUGCAAGCUGGCGAGCUCGCGGCGCAGCGUGGAGACGGUGCAGCUGUACUACCGGCCGGCGCUGCGGGCGCUGGCUAGCAAGAAGUCCUUCGGCAUCAUGAAGGGCGCCCGUGCGCUGGGCGGGGCCGCGCGGCGCCUGCCCGAGCGAGGCGAGCCCGUCUACAUCGAGUCCGCGCAGCACCACACAGAGGACAUCUCCUUCUCGCUCAACGUCGGUAAAGUUCACGGGCAACUACGACGCGUACGAAACGAAUCAUCUCAGUUAAAGGACGCCACGAUCACCGGUAUUCCGUGUCAACAUUCCAAAGUGUCGUUUAAAUUCGCACGGAUCGAACCUUGUGACGAAGGAUGCGACGGCACGUGCAACCAAAACGGAGGUACUGAAGGGCAGAAAGAGAGCGCGAUAGGUUACAUAAUGUUCGAGUGCGGCGUGGAGGGCGUGGGCAUCAAGGUGUCGCGCCACUCGGCGCAGAAGGCGGGCGAGCCGGCGCCGGCGCCCGCCACGCCGCGGGACUCGGACUCGUGCCGCGGCUCCGUCAAGUCCGACGAGGCGCGGCCCGAGCGCUCGUCCGCGCGCUCCACGCGCACCUCCGGCUUCGAGGAGCUGUUCCGCAAGCGCGAGCCCGGCUCCAAGCCCAGCACGCCCAACCUGGGCGCGCCUCCACCCACGCCCGCGCCCCCGCCGCCCGAGCCCGAGCCGGAGCCCGAGGCCAGCGCCCUGCAGCGCUCGCCCCCGCCCGGCAACGCCUCCUCCUGCGCGAUCGACCUCAAGAUGACGUGGUUCAACUUCGCCGCGCCGCCGCGCACGCCCAUCACGGGCCGCAUCGACUACACGCGGCUCGACUGGAACCUGCUGAGCACGGCGGCGCCGGCCAUCAACGCUUGGAUGAACCCCUGCAACCGGCUCGGCAUCCGCGUGGUGGCGCUGUACCGCGCGCACGCCCGCCGCCUGGCCGCGGCCGCCGCCUGCCUCAUGGCGGGCGCCCUGGACCUGGCGCCGCAUCACGCGCCGCCCAAGUCGCGCUACGGGCGGCACACGGCGAUGGCGCGGCAGCUGCGGGACGAGCCGUCGCUGCAGCUGAGCGCGGUGCUGCUGCGGCACGCGCUGCAGGCGGACGCGGCCGCCGUGCACGCGGACCUGGCGGAGCGCCACCUGCCGUCGCUGUCCACGCUGCGGCAGGGCGUCAUCGUGCUCACGCGCCAGUGGAAGAACAUCCUGUACACGCCGCUGCUGCUCGAGCACGGCUACCGCACGCGCCUCCUCAAGCCGCUCAACGUGACUUUCGCGCUGCCGGACCUGCUGGAGGAGUCUACGGAGUGGGGCGCGGCUGGCGUCGGCCUGGGCGAGCAGGAUGCCGUCGACGAGAACUGCCUCCUGCUGCACACUGCCAGCCACACUCUCGAUGGCGACCCGGGGGACCUGGAACGCGCGGGCUCGGACAUGUCCCUGUGCUCGGCGGCCAGCGGCGAGCGGCCGCGGUCGCAGCGCGCAAGGGAGGACCUCUACCAGUGGAUGGCCAAGCAGGAACCCAUCAAAACCGAGGUGUCGCGGCGGCGGCCGAUGAUCCCGGCGACGCGGCCGGCGCCGGCGCUGCCCGCCUGCAGCCUGUACCCGCUGCAGGGCUCGCUCAUGCUGCUCGACGCGCACCUCGUCUUCCAGCCGCUGCUGCAGGCGCUCGGCGUGUCGCCGCACCAGGUCGCACACGGCGAGUCGAAGAACGUGGGCGAGGAGGGUGGGUCGGCGUCCGACGUGGGCGCGGCACCGGCGCUGGAGUCGCUGGGCUCGCGGCUGUCGCUGCUGGCGUGGCUGGACGCCGUGCGCGUGGACAUCGUGGUGGGCUCGCUGGGCGGCCGCGAGCGGCGCCGCGCGGCGCCCGAGCCCGCCCCGCCCGACGGCGCCGCCCUGCUCUGCGAGAAGGUCCGCACUGUUGACACGAGACACGAGUGGACUAGUGUGGACGGGUGGAGCUACUUCGAAUGCUACAAUGAUAGUCGUGAAUCGUCGUAUGAGGCCUAUGAUGAUGUUUCGAUUAUAAAACUGCCGGACAUCGUCGACUUCAUCAACGUCUUGAUAAUUUUAUGGACAGAAAAUGAUCAUGUGCUGAAGACUGCUUCUAUAAUAAUUAAUGAAUUAUUCCUAAUAUUUAUAGUAAUUGGCAUUAAACUCGUCACGACUACGACACGCGUCGAGCCUACAUGCCGUGCGUUGCAGGUGUGCCUGGACGUGGACCUGCGCCGCGUGGCGGCGGCGGCCGUGGGCGAGGCCGUGGCGCGGCGCCGCGUGCUGUACGUGUCUCGCGCGCACCUCAAGCGGCACAUCAGCACCGUGCUCAACUUCAACGUGAGCGUGCGCUUCAUCUCGCAGCAGGUCAACAUGCCGCUCCUGCGGCUGCUGCACCAGAUCGGCACCAUGUACCAGAACGUGAAGGACGCGCAGGUGGAGCUGCGCGGGCAGACGGAGCUCGCGCACCGCGCCGACGGGCCCGCCUCCUCCUCUGACUUCCGCGAGAACCUGGUGUCGGUCUCGUCCCUGGACCGCGACACGCAGUACUUGACGCUAGACUCGAAGUGGGAGCUGCUGACGGCGCCUGAGCCGGUGGACCCCCCUCCUCCCGCGCCUCUGACGCCCACCCCCUCCACGGACUCCACGGCGGCGGCCGGCAAGCCCGCGCGACCUCGGCCGCAGUCCUUCGCGCAGAAGUUGCGCUCCACCGGGAAAAGCGUCAAAGGCAAACUUGGCUACAGCUCGCUGGGCGAGGGCGCCCACACGCCCAUGUGCCCGGCGCGCCAGGCGGCGCCGCCCGCGGCCGGCGCGGCGCCCGAGGCGCUGGCGCCGCGCUGCUGGCGCACGCUGUACCUGCUGCUGGAGCUGUACGCCAACAUGCCCGACGCCGACACCAUCACGCACAGAUUUUCAGUGUCGUCGGAAAUACCUGAACGCAUGCGCGGAUCGACAAGAGUGUCCCGCAGCUCCGUGCGCGAUUGCGGCGCCAUGUCGGCGACGGGCUCUGGCGCUGGUGGUGGCGCUGGUGGUGGCGCUGGCGGCGGCGCCGGCGGCGGCGUGGUGGUGGUGGGCGUGGCGCGCAUCCACCGCACGCGGGUGCUGGCCUCGCUGUCGGGGCUCAAGCUGGAAGCCGAGCUCACCUCGCUGCAGGCCUCGCUGUCCGCGUCGCGCGCCAAGCAGUGGUCGCUCACCGGCACGCUGGGCCGCUCCACCAUCGUGCUGCUCGAGGGCGCCGCGCCGCAUCAUCAGACGGUAGUCCGCGUGAGCGUGGGCAAGUCCCAGGCGCUGCACUCGUGGGAGGCGGGGCGCGGCGGGCGGGGCGGGCGGGCGGCGGCGGCGGCGCUGCUGAGCGUGGGCGGCGUGAGGGUGGAGCUGCCGCAGCACCCGGUGGCGCUGCACGGCGUCAUGACGCGCUCCUCGCGGCAGCUGUCCUCCACGCUGCAGGAACUAGGCGUGGGCCGCCUGGCGACGCGGCGCGCGGCGCCCGAGCCCGAGUCCCCGCCCCCCGCGCGGCCGCAGCCGCCGCGCCCCCCUCCGCGCCCCGCGCCCGCCGCGCACCACCCGCUGCUGCACCCGCCGCACCUGCAGUUCUCCAUCGCCGUGCAGAGUCUGAGCGUGACGGCGGCGCUGCUGCCGUCGCUGCAGGCGCAGUACAAGAUGGAGCAGGUGAGCGGGUCGGGCGUCACGGGCGACAAGGCGCACUUCACCAUCGAGCUGCCGCAGCACUCGCUCAGCUUCGUCACCAAGCUACAGGCAACCGAGGCCAACAUUCCGGCAGCGGCCAUGGUGGCGCUGCCGGGCGUGCACGUGUCGGCGCGGGUGGCGGAGGCGGGCGCGGAGGCGGGCGCGGGCGCGGGCGGCGAGGACGGCGCCGUGCUGCGGGCGGGCCGCUACCUCGCCGCCACGGCGGACAUCGGCGUGUUCGAGCACACGCUCUCCACGGACCUACUCAACCAUCUUGUGUUCGUGCAGAAGGUCUUUAUGAAGGAGGUGAACGAAGUAGUACAGAAAGUAUCAGGCGGGGAGAAGCCGGUGCCGCUGUGGGGCGAGGAGCCAGCGGGUGGGCUGGGCCGCGCGCUGUUCUCGCUCGUCAUACGCAUACAGCGCAUACAGCUCACCGCCACUACGCCCAGCAACAGCGCUGUCCGCCUAGAAACAGGCGCAGUAGAACUGGAGCUGUCCAACCGCGUGGCCAACGUGCCGGCGCCGCAGGACACGCGCCUGUUCGCCCGCGCCACCGUGCACCUCAACCUCAGCCUCGGGCAGCUCAUACGCAACGCCAUGUUCGAGGAGGCCGAGCCUGAGUUCCAGCAGUACGCCUUCUUUAAUACUAGGAUAUCGAUGCGCAACGCGUUCCAGGACGAGAUGUCGGGCGGGUCGGGCGCGGGCACGGCCGACGCAGCGGACGCGCGCGGCGGCGAGGGCGACGUGGUGCUCAUCCGCCUCAAGCGGCCGCUGGUGUACGUGCAGCCGGUCGCAGUCGACCGCGCUAUACUCGUCUGGCUCAACUACAAAAACGCCUACGAGUACUGGAACGAGAAGCGACGCUCGCUGAACACGGAGGUCUUGCAUGCUACGCAGCAGCUCAUUGAAAAGGUGCAGCUGACGUCGGCCAUGGCGGCGCCGCACCUGAGCACUGUGUUCGUGCAGCUGGACGUGGACGACAUCGGCAUCUGCCUGCCGCUCGCGCCGCCACCGCCGCCGCCUCUGAUGGGUGGCGGGUCAGUGGGCGGCGGCGAGGAGGGUCGCGGCGCGGUGGUGGUGACCCUGGAGAGCACGUCGGUGUCGGCGUGCUCAUCGGGCGCCCUGGUGUCCGCGGGCCGCUUCGUGGGGCUGUGCCUGCGGUUCGCCGACGAGUUCGAGGCUUCACUAGAUGACUGGCAGCCGCGCGCCGACGAGCCUGCUAGCAAUGUGUGCUGUGUUUCCGAAGGCACCUACCAGGUCUGCAGCCGCACCACCGCUGCUAAACAUAAUGAGAACGCCAAGUGGUUCCUGAACGUGUCGUGGCAGAUGGAGGGCGUGGACAUCCACCUCGACGUGAGCGUCGGCAAGCAGCUCUCCGCGCUCGGACACACACUCACCAUGCUCACGGGUUUUGAGGAAGAGGAUCCUUUGAAAAUGGAUUUCGACAGCGACUUUGAUGAUGAAGCAGAUAACAGUAAAGGAUCUCAGGAGAGCAUAGUGCUGCGGCGCAAGGCGGACCACCUGCCGGCGUUCGUGUUCGACGCCAGCCUGGACGCGCGCAAGCGCUCCAAGCUGAUCGAGCACGAGAUGAACGAGCAGGCCAAGAUCAUCAACGACCUGCGAGCGCUCGGCGCCUCGCACUCCACCAUCGAGCACGAGAUGAAGCGCCUGCACGACCUCGAGGCGCUCGUCUUCAAGGACUUCCGCAGGGACAUGAUCCAGAAGCUGCGCCGGCAGAGCGUGAAGGCGAGCACGAUCACGCGCGGCAAGCUGGGGCUGGGCGCGUCCCGCUCGCGGUCCAUGCUGGCCGGGGACGCCGGCGCCCGCCGCGCCGACCGCGCCGACCGCGCCGACCACGACGACGACGACGACUACUGCGCGCUCGGCCCGCCGCGCCUGCCCGACAUAGGCGAGCUGCCGCCGUGCGAGCCGCUGCGGGCGGGGGCCGCGGGGGGCGCGGGGCGGGGCGUGCAGCGCCAGAGCUCGCUGCCGGCGCCGCGCGAGCCGUGGCCCGACGUGGAGCCCGGCGUGCAGCUGCGGCGGGAGCCGCGGGACGCCGACCGCAGCGGCGCGGCGGGCGAGGGCGGCGGCGGGGCGGAGGCGCGCGGCAAGCCCAAGGCGGCGGAGCCCAACAUCGACUUCGAGCUGGACGUCAAGGUGCACGUCAACAGCGGCAAGUGCGUGCUGCACACCAAGGAGCCCAGCAGGGAGGAGGAGAUCAGGAUGGCCGGCCGCAUGCGGGUCGGGCGCUCGGCGUCGGGCGGGCUGGAGGGCGCGGGGGUGGGGGCGGGGGCGGGGCCGGGGGCCGCCCCCGGCUCCCCGGGCGCCCGCCGCAAGCCGCCGCUGGCGGCGCCGCGCCUCACGCCCGCCAUCGACAUCACCGUGUUCCGCGUGCCCGGGUUAGACCUCAAGGUGCACUACGAGUCCAAGACGACCCCCGAGGAGGGCGCGUCCCCUGCGGGCGGCGCGGCGCUGCGCAAGGCCGCCAGCAAGAAGGCGUCGCUGUUCGCCUGGAUCACGCUGCAGAGCAUCCCCGAGGAGACCAUCAUCUCGCCACAUAUACUGGAGUUCCUCGAGCGCACGCUCGAACCUAUACCUGAGAAGAGCUUCGCCGCGCCACAGCCGCCGCCCACGCUCGACCCCGGCAGCGCCGGCCCGGCCAGCGCGGCCGCGGCGGGCGGCGGCGAGGCGGCGGGGUCGUACGGCCAGUACGUGUACGCCUCGUUCCCCGUCGACGUCAUCGUCCACUUCCACAUGCAGCCCUCCACGUUCCGCUUCUCGUGCCUGCCCGCCUCGCGCGUCGAGUGCCUGCUGCAACUGCCUAGUCUCCAGAUCGUGUUCAGCUCGAAGCGAGCCACUGAUGAGGAGCUGGCACAAGCGGGCGUGGCGAUGGGCGGUCUGAGCGUGACGGGCUGCCUGGCGGACUUCUCCGUGUACAUGUUCCACCCGUACGGCGGCAAGAAGUCCAGCCUCAAGGAGGCGCAGUGGUCGCCGCUCGCAGACUCCGAGCGCAAAGACUCGCUAAGCAUCAACGUGGAAUUUGUCAAGUUCCAUCUAUCACGGUCGCGCAAACUGGACUAUCACGCUGACAACGACCGCUCGAAAGCCACCGUGCGGUUCUCUACAAUCGUGGACGUGGGGUCGGCGUGGUUCAAGUACGACAUGCGGCGGCUGGGCGAGAUCCUGGCGUUCCCGAAGGCGUGGUACCGCCGCACCAUCGUGCGCCGCAUGUUCCUCGGCGACCUGUCUGCUCACCCCACACACGCCGCCGCUAGCAGCGCACAUGGAGUACCAUCAACAAGUAAUGUGCCGGUGUCACCAGUGUUGCCACAGAGAGAGAAAACUAAAACUGAUACUAUUAAGUCUAAUAAAGAUAAAGCGAACGCGGCGUGGGAGACUCUGGUGCUGUUCGCGGUGAACUUCACCAAGCUGAACGUGCACAUGAACAUGGGUAACGUCAUGGGGAACGUCAGUUGGCAGAGCCGCGACUUCAACUGCUCGGGGCGCCUGAGCAUCGGCAGCACGGGCCACCGCAACAUGCUGGUGGGCGUGGCGCUGGCGGGCUCGGCGCUGGACGCGCGCGGCGGCAUCGUCGGCGGGGCCAUCUCGCUCUCCGCCAUACAUACUUACGCGCACAUCUCGGAGGAGGCGGGCGGCAUGCCGAUGCACGUGUGCGGCGUGCGGCUGGCGGCGCUGGAGCUGCGGCUGGAGUACAUGGGCGCCGCGGCGCUGCUGGCGCGGGUGUCCCGGCUGCAGGCCGCGGCGCGGGACGAGUGGCUGGCCCGCGCCCGCCCGCAGCGGACCAGCGCAAGGCCGGCGAUAAUCCUGGCGCACGGCACGCUGGCGUGGCAGCAGCUGCAGGUGCUGAUGUCGCGCAGCACGACGCCCGACCUGCUCAAGAUGCAGCUCAAGCUGGAGGAGUUCUUCACGCAGCAGUUCAAGUCCAGCAAGCGCGUGUUCUCCAGCCUGCACCCCGACUACCGCGGCCGCCGCGCCUGGGAGCGCCGCGAGAUGGCGAACGCAGCAGCAGCGAGCGCGGCGGCGGCGGCGACGGCGGCUGUGGGCGGCGAGGGCGGCGCCGAGCUGCGCCACCACCGGCACUGGCAGCGCGUGCUGCGCCAGCUGGCCGGCCUGCAGCUGGCCACGCUCAGCGCGCCGCUGCCCGCGCACGGUAUGGUGGUAGGCGGCACGAUGGAGCUGCAGGGCGCGAACGUGUCGCUGGCGUGUUUCCAUGGCAACAGCUUCAAGGCCAAGUCGUGGGCGCUGUUCAGCCUCAAGAUGCCCUGCAUCACCUUCGCCACAGAGGCACAACAACUCGCCGACGAACAAGGGUUGCUGGAGGUCCACGUAGUACAGUCCUUGACCGCGGGGCUGGGCCUGUCGGCGGGCGCAGCGGCGGGCGCGGGGCCGGGCGGCGGCGGCGGCGGGGGCGGCGGCGGGGGCGGGCACCAGUCCAUGGCCACCGUGUGCCGCAUGACGCGCGCGCUGCUCUUCCCGCCGCAGUUCAAGACGCUCCGCGAGUGGUUCCACUACGCCUUCGCUAGCAGCGAGAUUGACGCCAUCGAGCUAUUUCCGUCCCUGGAGCGCGAGGCCGGCAGCGCGGGCGCGGCCGGCGCGGGCGCGGGCGCGGGCGCCGAGGAGCGGCGCGCCAAGGGCGAGGCGGCGCACUCGCGCGAGGUGAUCUUCGCGCUGCCCUCGCUGCAGCUGCACCUGCGCACGCAGCACCGCCAGGCGCCGCGCCCGCCCACAGACCUCGAUCCGAAGCCAGUGGUGGAGUGCAGCUUCAUCACGGAGUUCGAGGACCACAUAUUCGUGUCGGUGGACGCGGAGGCGUUCCUCUUCCUGCACGACCUCAUAUCCUCAUACAUCAAGGAGAAGGAAAGAGUUAUGCCGGGCGGCGGCGGCGGCGGGGGCGGGGCGGGGCGCGGGCGCGGCGAGCCGGCGCCGCAGGACUACCGCGACUACCGCUGCGUCACCUGGCACCUGGAGCCCACCGUAAGACUGCUGUCGUGGGCCGGCAAGUCCAUCGAGCCGUACGGCGUGGACUACAUCCUGCAGCAGCUGGGGUUCCGGCACGCGCGUACCACCAUCCCCAAGUGGCUGCAGCGCGGCGCGCUCGACCCGCUGGACUCGCUGCUGGCGCUGCUGCUGGCGCGCCUCGCCGCCAUCCUGCCCAGCCGCUGACCACGCCGCCCACAGUGCUGCCCGGCCGCUGACCACGCCGCCCACAGUGCUGCCCGGCCGCUGACCACGCCGCCCACAGUGCUGCCCGGCCGCUGACCACGCCGCCCACAGUGCUGCCCGGCCGCUGACCACCCCCAAGUGGCUGUAAGGCAGCGUUUGACUAUGAUGGCGCCAGGGCGCCUCCCGCAUCCCCACUACUCCGGGGAUACGGGCGCGGGCAUCGAUGGCGGACUUUCUCUACAAACUUGUUGUAAGCGACCAAUUUAGCGUCUUUGUUUUCCGUCCCACGUGCGUGACACACUGCUGAUCUACUGAGUCUUAGAAUCCUAUUGGCGACGACUCUUGCCGUGGUCCUAUGUACGACGAGUUAUUCCAUAAUUUUAUCUUCCAGUUAUACAAGUUGUUAUCAUUACAAGCUUGUAGAGAGGUCCAGCGACAUUACGGAUGUAAUAAGAAAUUAUUAUUUAUUCCCAGUUUUCUGACAAUGUAUACCAAAGUGUUGAUAGUUAAUAUGUAUAGUUAGUUUGGCACUCUAUCUUAGCGGUAGUUUUAACUACGCUACCGGCAAUGUACUAGCGACGAAGACAAUGACACAUUCCGAUGACAUGCCAAUGAAAUUAUUGAAAAUUUAAUAUAAUUAUUGGGUAUAAUCAUAAAUUAUUAUAAUUGAACGCCUAACUAAUUUAUGGCAAAGUCUUCAAUAUUGUAGAUCAAAUUUCGUAUCUCUACUAUAUAUCAUAGAUUCUCUGUAUCUACUUCAGGUUACGACAUAGUGUUAACUAAAAUUAACAAUACGGAAGAGUGACACGAUGCUGCCAUUGAUCCACCUGACAUAAUAAUUUAUUUUGUAGUAAUUUUACUGACGCGCUGUGGCGGCGGUCGCGCGUGGCGCCGCCGAAGCCCAGACGCGGCACAGUUAGCUUUAGUUCCGGUAGAGGGCGACACUAGACUUCACGAAAUGGGUGCAAUAAAUACUAGCGAGUAGAGAGUGGAAGCUCCUAUUGUAUUAUAUGUAAUUAGUUGCAGCUUCUUGUAGCAAAACUGAUAUAUUUUACUAUGAAACAUGGCGAUUUGUACCGAUUAUAAUGUAAUGUAAAAUGUAUGUACAUAUUCAAUGUGAUAUUAUAAAUAAACUCAACUGGUAUCUGUA